AUGGACCAUGGGAACACGAAUGCGCCGCAUGGAUCGCUUGUCACUGGAAUGCAGCCGCAUUUUUCGGUGUUCCAGCAGCCGCAUAACACUGCUUCGACAUCCGGCCAACAAUUGCCGCCAACGGAUAAUUAUGAGCAGUCGAUGGAGGCGGGACAAUCGGAAUCGGGACGAGAUGAUCCGAAAAGAAAAGAGAUUUACGCGUACACGGCACCCUACACAUUGUAUUCGCACGGCUGGAGUUCGGCGACGGAUCCGUCGCGAAAAUUUCGCCUCGCCGUUUCGAGUUUCAUUGAGGAAUAUUCGAAUAAGAUCUCAAUAGUGCAACUCGAUGAGGAAAUUGGCGAAUUGGCUCAUCGAUCGACGUUCGAUCAUCCGUAUCCAGCGACGAAAAUCAUGUGGAUUCCGGAUCAGAAAGGAUCGCAUCCGGAUUUGUUGGCGACAAGUGGAGAUUAUUUACGAUUAUGGCGGAUCGGCACCGACAACAGCGCUCGCAUCGAGUCGCUUCUCAACACGAACCGAACCGCCGAAUAUUGUGCGCCGCUGACGUCGUUCGACUGGAACGAGCUCGAUCUGAAUCUGAUCGGCACCAGCUCGAUCGACACGACGUGCACCGUAUGGCAACUCGAGACGGGUCAGGCUCUCGGCACGACGCGUCCGGCGACCGUCGACGGCACGGUUCGCACGCAGCUCAUCGCGCACGACAAAGAAGUGUUCGACAUUGCGUUCUCGCGAGGCAGCAGCCAUAUAUUCGCGUCGGUCGGCGCCGACGGAAGCCUUCGGCUGUUCGAUUUGCGCCGGUUGGAGCACUCGACGAUCAUGUACGAGGAUCCGAUGAGAACGCCGCUUCUGAAAUUGGCCUGGAAUCGAAACGAUCACAAUUAUAUUGCCACGUUUGCGCAGGAUAGUAAAGAGGUGAUCAUUCUCGACUUGCGACUUCCGUGCACACCGGUGGCUCGCCUACGGAAUCACGAGGCGUCGGUCAACGGCAUCUCAUGGGCUCCGCACUCGGGUUCGCAUAUUUGCACGGCUGGCGAUGAUUCGCAGGCGCUGAUUUGGGAUGUGCACGAGAUGCCGAAGCCGAUCGACGAUCCGAUUCUCGCGUAUCAAGCCGACGGAGAGGUGAAUCAAAUUCAUUGGUCCGGCGCUUUUCCGGACUGGAUAUCGAUAUGUUCGGGCAAUCAAUUGAAAAUUCUCAGGGUAUGA